UAAAAAUAAAAUAGAAUAAACGAAAUGUAAUGUGUAGAAACAACAAAAACAAAUAAAUCUACUGCAUUAUUAUAGAAACGCCCCGAUUUAAUAUUAAGAACAAAUAUCUAGAAAAUCAUUAUUUUUUAAUAAAUGCAAGAACAAAAAAUAAACCGUCGUUAAAUUAGCCGAACUCCUUUCUUAUUUGAUAUAUGUAUAAAUACUUAUUAAAUCACCAGUCAAGUGUCUGCAGCUGUUUUUUUUUUUUAUUAAUAUAUGAAAAAACAUGUGUAUGUGUUUACAAAUGCUGAUGCUCUCUUUCGCAUAUGUGUGUAACUGGAACUUGUUGCUUUGCAGAGACUAAUAAUCUGUAGAUAAAUCAUAACACAAAAAAAAGCAAAUUUCUACAAAAAUCUCGCUAAUCAUCGAAAAUUUAUUUUUGGAUUUGCUUAAAAGUAUUGUACAUUGUUUGUGAAGAUUGCUAAAAAAAAAAAAACAAAAUUAUUGCACCACGAGUCAGUCGCUCGUUUCAAACAUCGCUAGCGACGACAUAAUAUAGCAUAUUAAUAUGGACAGCCAAAGUUCUGUUCUGGAUUCCAUAGAAAUGGAAUCAAUAAAACAGACUGCUGCUGCUGGCAGUAAAAAAUCCUCAAUGCCAUCACCACCGGAGUCACCAACAAUAGCUCGAGCAUUGACUAACAUAGCUGCUACCGUUGUCAACAUGGCUCCGACAAGUAUACUGAAACCUAAUUCAACGUCAGUAUCAUUAACAUCGGACAAUGAAGAGGCCCAUUUAAAUGCCUCCACACAUGUGAUGUUUCCCGCUAUACCGUCAACAUCGAAGCAGUUAUUUCGAGACGCGGCUGAAUCUCAUGGCGGUAGAGAAAGUAUAGCGUUUUUACAGCAGGAAGCUCAGCAGAAAAUACGAAGUGCCAGCUCAACGUUGGAUAAAAGCGUUACUCGUCAUCCUUCCAAACAUGAAAAAAAAAUCGGCCAUCGUCGAGUAGAUGAGGGAGGUGAGGUUACUUAUAAGAAAAUUCAAUCUAAGCAAAUUAUGGGUUCCAUACAAUUGGGUAUUCAGCACACGGUAGGCAGUUUGGCUUCAAAACCGAAACGUGAUCUGCUAAUGAAUGAUUUCUUCGAAAUGGAAACCAUAUCAUUUCCUCCAGAUGGUUCUUCUAUAACGCCAGCUCAUCAUUACAGUGAAUUCCGUUUCAAGGUGUACGCUCCGAUAGCUUUUCGAUACUUCCGUGACUUAUUUGGCAUAGCGCCUGAUGAUUUUCUUAUGUCUAUGUGUGCUGCCCCUUUAAGACAACUCUCCAAUCCAGGGGCUUCAGGUUCUAUAUUUUAUUUAACUGCGGAUGAUGAAUUCAUUAUUAAGACUGUCCAGAAGAAGGAAUGCGAAUUUCUUCAAAAAUUAUUACCCGGCUACUAUAUGAACUUGUCCCAGAAUCCCAGGACGUUAUUGCCAAAAUUUUUUGGCCUCUAUUGUUUUCACUACAAUGCAAAAAAUGUUCGGUUAGUGGCGAUGAAUAAUUUACUGCCUUCCGAUAUUAAAAUGCAUGCCAAGUACGAUUUAAAAGGUUCAACGUUUCGCCGGAAGGCUUCUAAAUUAGAACGGCAGAAAGCCAGUCCUACUUAUAAAGAUUUGGAUUUUAUGGAACAUCACCCGAACGGUAUUUUUCUGGAGAUGGAUAAGUACAACGCUCUGAUAAAAACCAUACAAAGGGAUUGUAUGGUCUUGGAAAGUUUUCAAAUUAUGGACUAUUCUCUUUUAGUAGGUAUACAUAAUUUAGAUUUGGCUGCGAAAGAGAAAAGAGAAGAACGAAUACGUAACGCUAGAGCAAAGCUGCAACGUAGCGAAGAGAUUAGGGAAGCAGAUGAAACGUCAGAGGUAGAUCAAGCUCAAAUAUCUAUGUAUAAUGCAGCUUCAUGUUCUAUGGCGGGAGCGGCUGGCACCGCAUUAAAUCGUACGCGUAGCAUGAAUCGGCAACGUUUGGUGGCUCAUUCUACGGCGAUGGAAUCAAUUACCGCCGACAUUGACACUCCUUUCGAGGAGGACGAAGACGUGCCAGCCGGCGGUAUACCAGCACGAUCUGAAAAUGAUGAACGUUUGAUUUUAUAUAUCGGUAUUAUAGAUAUUUUGCAAUCAUACCGUUUGGAAAAGAAAUUAGAACACACUUUUAAAUCGAUUAUUUACAAUGGAGACACUGUCUCUGUAUGCAGGCCGUCAUUUUAUGCUCAACGCUUUCAGAAUUUCAUGGGUAAGACGGUAUUUAAAAAGACACCCACUUUCCCUCUGAAACAUUCCCCAUCAAAACGGAAAAGUUCAUUGGCUAACAUACGUACUCCACAACGUACGCCUUCGCAUAAUAUGACAGCGAUAAAUAUGAGAGCGCCUAUAAUAUCUGGAUCUACAACUCCACCGCCCGCUUUUGAUGAAAUAUCGGAAGAGGAUGCGAAUGCAUCCACUUCGCACGACUACCGUCGGACAGGGAAUUCGAAACAUUUAAUGACUCAAAGAUCACAUGUAAGUUCCCAUCGUAGCCCACUUGGUAGCACUGCCGAUGAUUAUAGUGAUGACGAUGAUUUGGCUUCAGGCAGUGGCAGCGGUUCGCGGUCAUCGCCCUCAACCUUAAGCAAAAAACCGCCUUUACAACUCUCGAAAACCAGUGUCCAGGUAACAACUAUUGGUUGUCUGGGAGAUCAACAAUCCGACCAUAAACAUUCAGAUGAAGGUAUCGAACAAGAUGUGGAUGGCAAGAAAGUGAUAACCACUACGAAGACUACGACAAUAUCAAGUAGACAAGAACAGAAAUAUACUUCUACAUUGGUAGUAAACGAUGUUUUAAGAUGAUAAGCUGUUAAUGUUAAGUAAAUGACGAAAGAGGAAAGAAAAACAAAAGAAGUCGUGGUAGCAAAGUUAUUUUCUUAGGGAAAAAAUUAAAUUUUUUUUUAUUAUUUAUUUACUUACAAGUGACCUUAAUAAGAGAAGUCCGUGAGGCUCAUUCAACGACGAACAUGGAGUAGCCUUUUAAUUGCAGAGCUUCGAUUUUUUCUGUUGUUCUCACUUGUAGCUUUUUUAGGAUUUUUUUUUUGCUUUCUAGCUGAGGAAUUGUAAUAAUUUUAUGUGCCGUUAUUUGUUUUUUUU